AUGGAUCCCCUCGAGGUCAUCGAGCGGGACCUGCAGCAGGACGAGUUCAGCCCGCCCCGGCAGACCGAGGAGGAGGAGGCGCUCUACGGCACCUGGGCCCCCCAGCGCCGCCCCGGGCGAGGCGGAGACCCCCGGCCCGCCUUGGCCAGCAGCAGGUCCAGGUCCCAGGACGACUCGGCCCCCGGGAGCUUCGUCCGUGCCGGGCUGGAGAAAAGCGCCCCAGGAGGAGCCGCGGGCGACGAGGAGCCCCCCCAAGACCUCGUGGCCCCGAAGAAGCGGCGAACAGGCGGCCCCGUCCAACCCCGCAGCCAGCAGCGCUUCGCCGGAGCCGGGCCCGAGUCCUGGGGGGGCCUCGGCGGCUGGGAGCGGCACACCCGGGGGAUCGGGCAGAGGCUCCUCCGGAAGAUGGGCCACGUGCCCGGCAGGGGGCUGGGCAAGGGCGGCCAGGGCAUCCUCCGCCCCCUCGAGGCCCGGCCGAGGAGAGGCAGGGGGGGCGUGGGGGCCUAUGGCUCGGAGCGCGCGGCUCAGCCCCGGCCGGACUUCUUCCCUGGGGCUGCCGCGGAGGGAGACGCUGAAAAGAAGUCCCAAAAGGAGGAGUUCGGCAGCCAGUGGCGGGAGGAGCCACGUGGGGGCCAGAAGAAGACGCCCAAGACCGUGGAGGGGCUGGAGGCCCAGGGCUGGGGGCGCAAACACCUCUCGGCCCCUCCGGAAGAGCUGGCCCGGGUCAAGGUGACUGACGUGACCAGCUGGGAGCAGAAGGUCCACUGCAGCCGCGGCCAGAUCGGCCGGAAGCCCACCCUCCAGAAGGACAAGGACCCCGAGCGCCCGGCCUUCGCCCUGCCCGAGCUGGAGCACAACCUGCAGCUGCUCCUGGACCUGGCGGGGCGGGAACUCCUCCAGAACGGCCGGCAGCUGCAGCGCCAGCGCCACGUGGUGGCCACCCUGAGCCACGAGAUGGAGAAGGUGGAGGAGGUCCUCUCCCAUGCGGAGCUGGAAGUCCACCGCCUCGGCCAGGCCCUGGAGAUGGUGGAGGAGGGCGAGAGGCGGCUGCGGCCCGGCUGCGGAGACCCCCUGAGCCUGGCGGAGUGCGCCGAGAUCUUCGAGACCCUCCGGGGUCAAUACUACGAGGAGUGUCGCCCGCCCGACCGUGUGGAUCUGGCAGCAGCCGUGGUGUUCCCACUGGUGAAGGAGUACUUCAAGAACUGGGACUGCACGUUGGGCACAGAAGUCCUCGGCCAGGGGAAGAGGCCGCUGGAAAGCCACCAGCUGUGGUCCCACGGGGGACAGGACCCCCCCUCGGACGCAUUCCAGCGGCUGGUGUGGGAGGCGUGGAUGCCGCAGGUGCAGGACGUCCUCGGGCAGUGGCAGCCCCGGAAUUGCGCCCCGAUGGUGGACUUCCUGGACAGCUGGGGGGCCAUCAUUCCCACCAGGAUCCUGGACCACGUUCUGGACCAUCUGGUCUUCCCCAAGUUGCAAGAGGAGGUGGAGAGCUGGGACCCUCUCACGGACCCGGUGCCUGUCCACUCGUGGCUCCACCCGUGGCUGCCCCUGAUGCAGGCCCGCCUGGAGCCCCUCUACCCGCCCGUCCGCCGCAAGCUGGCCAGCGCCCUGCAGAAGUGGCACCCCCGCGACCCCUCCGCCAAGCGGGCCCUGCAGCCCUGGAAGGACGUCUUCACCCCAGGACCGUGGGAGGCCUUCAUGCUGGAGAACAUUGUGCCCAAGCUGGGCCUGGGCCUGGACGAGCUGCCGAUCGACCCCCACCACCAGCAGCAGCACACGACGGAGGCCUUCUUCUGGGUGCUGGACUGGGAGGGCCUGAUCCCGCCCUCCUGCCUGGCGGGGCUUCUCGAGAGGCACUUCUUUCCCAGGUGGCUGCAGGCCCUGCGCUCCUGGCUCAGCAACGACCCCAAUUACGAGGAGGUUGCCCAGUGGUACCUGGGCUGGAAGGCGAGGUUCUCGGACCAGCUGCUGGCCCACCCGUCCAUCAAGGAGAAGUUCAACCAAGCCCUGGGCGUCAUGAGCAGGGCAACCUCCUCUUCCAGUGUGGGGGGCUACCUGCCGCCUGGAGCCCAAGGGAGCAUCGCUUACCUGGCACGCACGGAGCGCCGGAAGGACUUCGUGCCCUUGAACUUCAAGGACCUGGUCCAGACCAAAGCCGAAGAGCACAACAUGGUCUUCAUGCCACUCAUCAGGAAGCGGCACGAAGGAAGGCAGCUGUAUGCCUUUGGGCGCGCCGUCAUCUACAUUGACCGAGGGGUGGUCUUUGUACUGGGGGGGAAGACCUGGGUGCCCACUUCCCUGCAGAGCCUCCUUGACAUGGCCAAAUGAGGGGGAGGGGCUCCACAAGGAGGCUACUUUGCCAUCCGGCUAAAGGACUUCAGAGGAGCCGAGCUGGCCCCCUUGUUCCAGAAGAGCUUUGGGGGUGUCAAUAAAGUGUAUUUUGUGCUAUAAUUUAAUAAAAGACUCCCCCCACCCCAGUCCUGUUAACACUCCUCGUCAUUGACACCCGAGAGGCCCCCAAAUAACUUGAGGAGGGACCCUCUCCCCCCAAAACAGGGGAAAGCAUUUUA